AUGCCUCCUCGUCCCCGUCCAUCCUGUGUCUGCGUCUUCAUCGUCCUCUACUUCUUCUUCCUCGUCAACGCCGGCGGCACCUACGACCCGCCCGUUUUGGCCUGGUUUACCUCCCGCUGGCUCACCGCCGUCUUCCUCCAACAACGACCAGUCCGUGCCUGCUGCUUAUGCCUCUACCUCGCCGCCGGACCCGUCUUCUACCCCUACGGCAUCUUCGACUUCGCCACCUACAGCAUCUUCGACUUCACCAACCAGCUUGAUGCCUACCUGCAAUCCGAUUACUCUACCCGACUGGGCUCCCUCAAGGCGGUACACUGGGAGUUGCUCUUGGAGGGACGCAAAUUUGACGUGCCUUUUACUUUAGCCGAUCCGAUUCUUACAGUGAUGCAUCUGCUGGUACAUGCGGGAUACCAUCCUCACAGUGUUCAGUUCAAGUUCACACAUGUCGAGGCUCCCCAACAUCAACCAGACAAAGCUGGCCGACCCAUGCUCAUGGUGUCGCUCCCCUUCCCCGCAGCAGCUGUACGGGUUAGCGGGGCACCUGCAGUCGCCUAUUUUGGCCAUAACACGGACCUUCAGGCCGCCUUUGGCAUCCUGAAAGAAGGAUGCAUUCGCCCCAGCAACUAUGACCCCGUUGACACUUCUUGGCUGCCGAGUCCUGCUUUUUACUUUCGCGCUUCCGUCCACAGUCUCAGCGGAGCCUUACGGGCUGCAGCCAAGUUUGGGGGAUGGGGUUCUCCCCGUCCGAUUUGUGUAUAUGGCCGAAUCCCUAUUUGCUAUCUCGACAUAGCCAAUGCCGCGCCUACCGACACACCGUCUUCAGUGCUUCCCAACACUCCCGCGGCCUAUCACCUGAAGAGCGACAGCGGAGGCACCGUCCCCGAAAACGCGGCGAACUACUUCGUCUCCAUCCUGCACGGCAACGACAACCGACCCACAAAAGGUGUGCGUGAUUUGCGUUAUGGCAUGGCCCUUAUUCCUCUUCUGGACCUCCAGUACUUCCAGACAGCAGUGGUAGAGCAGCUGUGGUGCCUGCGACCCCCAUGGGACCACCACCGAUUCCUUCUCAUUUGGAUCCUUCUCAUUUGGAUCCCUCCCAGCGCCAGACCCUACCACGACUUCGCAGACGGGACCGCGACUAUCCCCGAGAUGAAGACCGUUCUCGCCCUGCAGACCGCGAUCGGGAUCGUCAUCGCCGGCGACGUCGCUCAGUAUCGUCACCUCCUGCUGACCCACUACCUGCCGGCCCUUCUUCUCCUCCGAUGCCAUCUACCUCGGGAUAUUCUGAUGCCAACCCGAUCGGCCACACAGCUCCACCCCCCGCCGUCUCCAAGCACUCUGGACGCCCUCUUGCACCUAAGGUCGAUGCUGACGGUACUGUCAUUUACGUGCCUGUCAAAGCCCGACCACAAGUUCCACCUCCGCGGACCACAACGGCGACAACUGGCCGAUCCCGCAGUCGGCGUCGUCGCCGCGAUCGUGCUGACCGAGACCGUGACGAUCGUGAGGAUCCUGACCGCUCUCGAGGUGCGCGUGAUGUUCCCCAUCGCGAUCGAGACCGCGAUCGACACCGACGGGAUGUGA